GCUCAACCAUCCCCUCCACGACCCGCCCAUCCGGCGCUUCUCCCACAGCCUGGUCAGGUGUUCCCUGUUUCCAAACGUAAACUUUGGUAUUUCGACAACUGAUCAGCUUCUGCGUCGGGGCAAAUCAAGUCUGGGACAUGUUCAGACGGAUACUCCAAAUGACUCCUGGAAAGGGAGGCUCCCAGAAUGCAGAGUCGGAGAAGCCCACCACAGACCUCAACCAAGACCAGACGUCUGAGGGGUUCAUCUGUCCUCAGUGCAUGAAGUCCCACAACUCUGCAGACGAGCUCUUCAAGCACUAUGAGCUGUUCCACGACACGGGAGACCUACCUGCUCACGUGGCCCCCACUCGGGAAGACCUUACAAUGUUGCGGCAGGAAGUUCAGGACCUCCACGCUUCUCUCAAGGAGGAGAGAUGGUUCUCUGGAGAACUUAAGAAAGAAUUGGACAAAGUUCAAGGACAACUGACGCAAAACGACGGACAGAUGAGCGCAGAGGAUUCAGCCCUGGAAAGGAAGCUGGUGGAAGCUGAGACAGAGAAGUUCAACAUUAAGCAGAUGAAAGACCUGUUUGAGCAGAAGGCUGCGCAGCUGGCCACAGAAAUAGUAGACCUGAAGUCCCGUUACGAUGAGGAGAAAAGCCUGAGAGAGGCUGCUGAUCAGCGGGUUUCCAGUUUGAGCGAACAGCUGCAGAAGGAGAACCAGGAGAAUGAGAGACUUCAAACAGAACUGCUGCAGCGGCCUGGAGUGGAGGACGUGGAGGUUCUGCAGAAGGAGCUGGUGCAGGUUCAGACGCUCAUGGACUGUAUGACCCGUGAGAGGGAGGAGGAGUCGGAGCGUCUCAAAAAUCACUACACAGAGCUGCAGGCUAACUACACUACCUCAGAGAUGCAAAAACUGGAGAUGACCAUAUCCCAACUAAAAGCCGAGCUGGAGAAGGGUCCACAGGAAGCCGCCGUCUACACACAACAAAUCCACGAGCUGCAGGGCAAUCUGAAUAAUUUGCUGCAACAAUGUCAGGGCCUCUCUGAAAAGCUUGAGCAUAAGGAGAAGGCGCUUCAGGAACUGGAGGAGCAUCUAGGAGUCGAGAAAGCUGCCAAGAACAGAGUCCAGGACAGCCUUAGGGAGAGGGAGUCAGAGGUGCAGGAGCUCCAGGCUCGAACCACAGGGGCCGAAGCGUCCCUUCAGAAGACUCAGACCGAGAUGGCAGAGAGGGCUGAGGAGGUGUCCAAGCUGAAGAGUGAGCUCACAGAGCUGGAGUUGAAGCACGCAGAGCUGAAGGUGGAGAGGAAACAGCUGGAGCAUCAGCGGGAAGAAAAAGAAAGCCAAGGUGCCCAGCAGCAGACGGAGAUCAGUCAGCUGCACACCAAACUGCUGGAGGCUGAGAGGCAGGUGGGCGAGCUGCAGGGUCGUCUGAAGGAACAGAGGCAGCUGUCCGGAGAGAAGCUGAAGGACCGAGAGCAGCAAGCAGCCGACCUCCAGCUCAAACUCUCCCGUACAGAAGAGCAGCUGAAGGAGAGCUCCGGUAAGAAUUCAGACCUGCAGCACCAGCUAGAAAAAGCCAAGCAGCAGCACCAGGAGCUUCAGGCGCUGCAGCAAAACACCAACGGCAAGCUGCGGGAGGCGCAGAAUGACCUGGAGCAGGUGUUGCGUCAGAUUGGGGAUAAAGACCAGAAGAUCCAGAACCUGGAGGCUCUCCUUCAGAAGAGUAAAGACAUUGUGAGCCAGCUGGAGGCUGAGCGAGAGGACUUGUGUGCCAAAAUCCAGGCUGGGGAGGGAGAGACAGCUGUCCUUAACCAGCUCAAAGAGAAGAACCAUGCACUACAUGAACAGGUUUCACAGUUAAAUGACAAGCUUAAGAACCAAUCAGAGAGCAACAAGCAGGCCCAGGAUAAUCUUCACAAGCAGGUCCAAGAGCAGAAGACUCAGCUGCGCUCAGCCCAGGACCGGGCUCAGACCCUGGAGACGUCAGUCACCGAGCUCACCGCUCAGCUCACCGACAGCAAGGAGAAAGUAUCCCAGCUGGAUGCUCAGCUGAAAGCCAAAACAGAGUUGCUUCUAUCUGCAGAGGCAGCCAAGGCUGCGCAGAAGGCCAACCUGGAGAACAGCCUGGAGGCUUCUCAGCAUGCACUGCAGGACAAACAGCAGGAACUGAUAGCAGCUCAGAAGAAAGUGGAGGAGCAGGCCCAGAGGCUCAAAGAGAGACAGGAGCAGUGUGUUCAGCUGGAAACCAACUUGAAGGAAUGUAAGGACAAACUAAUGGCCUCAGAACAGCGGGUCGGGCAGCUGGAAGGUCUCAGUAAGAAACUGGAGUCACAGGUGGCAGAGGUGCAGACUGCGAGAGAUCAGCUGCAGCAGGAGGUGCAGAAGAUGCAGAAGGAGAGUUCAGAGGUUAAACGGAAAGCGAAGGAGCUGCAGCGCUCCCUGGAAACAGAGAAGGCAGGGAAUAAGAAUCUGCACGAGGAUGUACAGAAAAAGGCGGCUGCUCUGAGUGGCGUGCAGCAGCAGAUUGAGCGCUCUGAGCAGGAAAUGGCUGCUCUGAAGGUGAACCUGGACAAGGUGACUCAGGAAGGAAGGACUCAGCAAGCAGAGCUGGACAGGAAGGCUCAGAGUCUGGCUGCAGAGCUGCAGAAGACCCAACAGGAGAAAGAAGUGCAGAGGAAGGAGCUUCUAGCCACUCAGGAGAGCCUUCAAAAGGCUAACAUGGCUCUGAAGGAGAAUCAGAAUCAACUGGAGGCUGAGAGGAAGAACCAUAAUUCAGCCAUGGAGGCCAAGGACAAGUCUAAUGAAAAGACAAGAAAGGACCUUCUAAAAACUAACGAGGCCAUCACAAAGAAAAUGAAUGACUCAAAGGAGCAGCUGGAGCAAACGAAAGCGGCAGAGAAAACGUUGAAAGUGCAGCUCACGUCAUUUGAGCAGCAGCACUCACAGACUCAGAGUACCCUGAAGGAAAAGGAGGCCCAGUUGGAGAAGUUGCAGGAUCAGCUGAAAACAGUCCGGGGCUCCUUAGAGGAGGAGAUAAAGAAGCUGAAGGGCCAAGUGGCUGAGCUGAAGCAAGCAGAAGUCAAAAAGGCAGAAGAGGAGAGUAAACUGAAGGCUCAGGUGUCAGAGGUCAGCCAGGGUCUGUCCUCUGAGAGGAGCCGAACGAUGGAGCUGCAGAAGGCCUUGGAGCAAAGCCAAGAAAACCUCACAAAGCUUCAGACUGAUUUCUACGGCAAAGAGUCUGAGGUUUCCGCUCUGCGUCAAGACCUGAAGACCUCAGAGGAGAAAGUGAACGUGGCCCAGGAGGAGCUGGCUGCCAAUCGAACCCAUCAGACAGGUUUAGAGGCUCAGAUCCAGGAACUGAAGGCGACCCGGUCCGCACUGGAGCAGGAACUCUCCAAACGACAUCAGAAGCUCCAACAGCAGGAACAAACCCUGAAAGAGUUGCAGAAGCACGAGGGUCAAGUUAAAGAGGAGCUGCAGCAGGAAAGAAGCAAGGUGGAGGAGCUGAACAAGACCAAGAGGGCUCUGGAAAAGAGCAGCACCAAACUAACGUCUGAGCUGAAAACACUGGCAGAGAAAAGUGAGAAGGAGCUGGGUGAUUUGCAGGAGGCCAAACAGCUGCUGAUCCAACAGAAACUGGAACUGCAGGGUCAAGUGGAGGCAGUGCAGGGGGCACUUAAGCAGCAGCAGAAGGAGCACCAGACCACCAGGGACAACUGGAGCAAACGAGAGGAGCAGCUCCUCGCCCAGACAAAAGAAGCCCAGGAUCAAGUCGUGGCAGAGAGGAGAGCCAGAGAGGAGCAGGUGAAGCAUGGGGAGGAGGCUGAAGCAAAGCUGAGCGUGCAGGUGACGGCCCUAAAUGAAAAUGUGGCCACGCUGAAGAGGGAGUGGCAGAGCAGCCAGCGGAGAGUAAGCGAACUGGAGAAACAGACGGACGAGCUGAGAGGGGAGAUCGCUGUGCUGGAAGCUACCGUCCAAAACAACCAGGACGAACGGCGGGCUCUUCUGGAGAGGUGUGUUGCAGGUGAAGGCGAGAUAGAGAAGCUUCAGGCCAAAGUGGUGGAACUCCGUAGGAAGCUGGACGACACCACAGCAGCCAUGCAGGAGCUCGGCAGGGAAAACCAGUCACUCCAGAUCAAACAGUCGCAAAGUCUGACCAGAAAGUGGGCGGAGGACCACGAAGUUCAGAAUUGCAUGGCCUGUGGGAAAGGCUUCACCGUCACUGUCAGGAAGCACCACUGUCGACACUGCGGGAACAUCUUCUGCGGCGAGUGUUCGGCGAAGAGCGCCUUCACGCCGUCCUCUAAGAAGUCCGUACGGGUUUGCGAGACGUGCUUCGAGGAGCUCCAAGGCUGAUUUCAAGUGUUUUCCUGGCCCUUAACUCCCUCCCUUUUAACCCUUUCAAUUCCAAGGGGCAGACGAAGGCUUGUCUCUGUCGUUUUUAAUGUGCACUAAUGAAGGACAGACCCAACUCAAAGACUCCCAUCUGCAUCGGCCUUGUGGCCACGGUGUGGAGGGAAUCACUGAGGAGACGCAGCGGGAUCAGUUGGGACCGUCUGUAUCUGUUUUUGUGCCUUUUGCUACUCCUGUGGACUGCCAGAGAGCGGAGACGGUGAUGGUGAAUCCUCGCUCAUCUCUUUAAGUUCAUGUUAACGCCUCCAUCCAAGUUCAGCAUCAUCAGCAGUUGUGAGGUGGCUGCUUUGAUCCUUGUUCAUGUUUGAUAGUGUCACACUGCACCAGUGCAUGAACUGACAGUGGCGCUCAGUGCAGUUCUGCCAUGCAAAGGUAAAUGCUGGUAACUAUUGUAUUAUUUGGAUAUAAUUAUACAAGUAUGAGUAAUUACUUACAACUUUUAAAUUCAUGCUUUUUAAAGUAAGAAAGCUAAACCUAAAAAAGAAUAAUUCUCUAUAAUUCAGUAUUCAGAACCAUAUUUGGGUUGCGCAAACUACAGAAAACCUCUAAAUGCCUAUUUUGUAAAGAUCAGGCUUUUUCAGGCCGAUUACGAUGUCCGUUUUUUAUUUUGACCUGCCAACUCUGAUUGUCACCAAUGUUUCUUUUCCGAACAUUACAAUAAAAGAAGAAAAGUAUCCUGUAGCUACUCUCAUAUCAGUAGUAGGUUUGAUUCCUACAGAAAAUGAAGAAAUUCCAAGAAUUAUGCGUUAAAAAAAACUGUCCCAAACGUUUUGUUUAGCUCUUAGUUUUUAGGUAUUUAAUAAUUUAUCAUUGUUUGUGCUGCUGAUCAGUUGUCAUAAUGAUUAAUUAUGACAAUUGUCACUUUAAAGUUACAAAACUAUAUCUGAAAUAUUAUAAUUUCCUCAAUGUUUUCAGUAAACUAAGAAACCAAAUUUGGAUUCUAAAAAUCGCAUUUCUUUGAGUCUAAUCUACAAAUGACAGUUUUGACCUUCCAUUUUUGUUUUUUCUGAAGACUAUAACACAAAAAGGAAAAAUGUACUGCAGGUUUUUGCUGCAGGUGCAAGAAUUCUGCAUUAAAACACACAUGAAUCUGUUUGGUUUAUGGACUGAAAAUGGUGGGAGUUCUUAAUUAUCAUCAGUUGGCCAAUAAGGGAAAAAUUGUCGGAAUCUAAUCUAAUGAUCGGUGCAUCUCUGUUUAAUUGGUCAAAGCAGAUGUACUGAAAUUAUCUUAGUCCAUCAGCUAAGGUAUUAAUUUAUUUUCCAUAUGUAGAUUUUAAUAAAUAAAUGCUAAAAUCUGGCCUUUUUAAAUCUGAAAAACAGCAGGAUAGAUCUUUUUUGUGACUGUCAUCUUGUGCACCAGCUUAUAUUAGUUACCGCCUGUUCCCUUUGUGUGGCAGUGUUUGCUGUUCUGCACAAAUGUGUGUAUUAAGUCCAUUACAUGACCAAAGAAUGUCUGCAGCAGAGUUUGUAAUGUGUCAGUAUUCCCCUGAAAGCUUUUUAAAUUUUAUUCAGAGGUUUGGACAUUUUUAUUGCGACUCUUUGUUUUCUUUUUGUUCCUUUAUCACUUCAUUCUGUGUCUGUUAUUUUCUUCAGGUUGUGGUGCUUUCUACAGACUGGUAAUGCAGUAAAGGUGCCUCCAUGUUUUAAUUAAAAUUUAUUUUUCUGCAGUUCAACGGCACUGAUCGUGUUGGUGUGUGCGCGCUCUGCUUUGAAGCAAUAACUGUAGCGUGUGUGUUUGCGGUCAUGCCUGCUGCAUGAAUGUUGGCUGCUCAGAACCUCGGCAUCUCUCUGGCUCGAAAUUCAGGGACUGCUGCCUUCAGGUGCAGCAGUUAUUGUCGGUUCCCUGUCCAGCUGAGAAAGCUGUAAAUGUAAAUUCCUGCAAUUUUAAUUUAUAACUGCUCAUGGGUUCUGAUGGGAUCUAUGUUUGUGGGUUUUGUUUGUAGACUGGAAUAGGUGGAGACACUGUAAAACAAAUUAUGCACAGUAUUCUGCAUCAAGCAGCUUGUCUCAGAUUUACCAAACUAGCUCUUAGUGCUUGAAUGAUCAUCAAAAAUGAAUGUCCAUUUCACCUUCUCAAAAAGUUUCUUUUUUAUGUUAAAUUGGUUUCAUGCCUACCUCAGUUUGGCAGAGAAAAAGCACUAUUUCUAGACGAUGAACAUCACAAAUGUAUCUCUACUUGCAUCUGAUUCAGGAUCUACAAUGGGCGAGAGGUUUUGAACCUUAGCCUUUUCUGGCCUCAUCUUUGUGAGACUGCAGCCGCUAACAUAGGACAAACGACUUCAUUAAGGCUUCAGCGCUUCCCGCUUGUUAAUAUUAAUGCUGUCAUAGUUAUCUUUGUAAAUGUUUGUAAUGAGAGGUAAAUUACUUCUUACUGUGGCUGUAGAGAUGUGUAAGCAUUGAAACCGUGUUUGGAUUCAUCCGUGUCUCACUCGGGUUUUACAAAGCGACACCACAGACUAGCUUCAGACGCCCUGGCUUGUGGCUUCAUAUGUGUUGCUGCCAUUUAUCGUGCAUGAUGGCUCAAACGUUUCUUCUGUUCGGUGGACGUACCUGGUGGUUGUGAAGGUGUGCCUGAGGCCAAGCUCCUCCGCUGCUCGCUGAGAUCUUUACUAGUCUGGGAGGUUUCAUUUGACCUGCAUGGAGGAGGGAGGUGGUGUACUUUGUGUUCACAUGCACUAAUUGAUUUUCAUGACAAAAAUUUAAAUAAAAACCUGCAGUAUGUUUCUAUA